GAGAUGUGGCGCUUCCCAUGAAUACUCUGGUAAGAUGAGGAGGCCUCAGUUCGUCAGGCGUGCGCGUACGGCUGGAGGGGGACUCUGUCUCGGACAUUUCCUCAGUCGUCGUGACCACGCAGUAACGACGUUGGCCUUAGUGGAAAGCGCCAUGUGCCAGUGCGAGCUUGAGUCUGGUCCAGCGCUGUUUCAAUAUUUGCUGCCCGAUUUUCGUAUGGUGUUUCUUGGGGUCUUAGUCGGCAAACAAGGUGUGCGUGAACUCGAGCGGAUGAGCCGUGAAAAGUUAAGCUUCUUUCGUCCAGGAACGAACAGUUCUGGUACUUCUUUAUCGUAUAGGUACUUAUCCUCCAGCAUGAUCCACUCAAAAAGUCGAGUAAUGCAUCCUCUUGAUCAAUGCUACCUACUCUGAACAAUUUGAAUUUCAAUUGCACCCAAUACGAAGAUAAGGGUGAACAAUAACUCGAAAAUUGAUUUCUCCUGUCCAAUUUCCGCUUCGUAGUGGAUUAACAUGAUCUAUCUUCGACUUACAAGGAUGGUUCGAGGUCAAUUCUAAAAAACGCUGCCUUUGCUGGAAGCGGUCUCCCCGAAUCUUUUGGAAACUAUCUUUGUAGCAGGCUAGCGAUCGACACGCUGCGACCGCUCUGUGCGGAUGACAAUGCAAAGAAAGAGACAAUUAUGUUUGUGGAUGAUGUUUCAUAAAGGAAGCCAACGUUCAAGUUGAAAACCCUUAUCGUGGUAGGUUAAAAAAGCUUUUUGCCCUUCUUUUGUCGUAGUGGUCAUUCUCUAGUCUAAAUCGUAUGUCUCUAGGAUGCUGCCGAGAACCUAAUGCCCGCAGAAAAUGGAUGGUCAUGAGAUCUAAGGCUAGCAGUUCGACUCCAGUUGUGAGCGCUGACGAGAACCAGGAUGUGGAAAUCAGCGCCGGCGAGCAAGAGGUUCCUGCCUAUGGAGAUGCGCACAACGGCGAUGACAGCGAUCGUCCGUAUCAAGGAAGGAAAGGCACGGGUAGAAAAGGAAAGGGGAAGAACAAGAAGGGGAAGUCGCGUCGGCGCAGGUAGAGGAAAUCCUAGAUGAAAAUGUCGGUAAGCUGCUGGAUCAACAUGACUGCCUUCGACGUGCAUGCUGCAUCCAUCCUGUGUUGGGAGACGCAAAAGACGGUGAACACAAGUAAAGUAUCGGAAUGGAUGUAUCACUUAAUAGAUAAUUUUGAGAUAGAUUGCCUGGUAAACGUUGCUUGUACGAUACAUAAAUUUAUAGCCUGAAGUUGCUGGACCACUGGAGGAUAUGGAUACUUAUUCUUACCUGCCAUAUUUUACACAAAUUUACAGCAUAAUAGCGGAGCUUUUGUAGAUUAUGAUUAGCCAAACACACACAUAUAUGAUCAUGACGAAAACCGAAUGACCAUGGAUCUCAAAUUUAAAGAUGAAAGCUGUCCUAAAUGAAGAAAUAUCAAUACAUGGCGAUGCCUUCACAUAUUAGUAUUACUGAAUAUGAUCCCACGAGAAUGUAAAAACAUACGAUUGCGAGUAAAUAAUCCGAAUCUAGAUUAUAGUGACUACUUGUUGUGCGUGCACAACAAGCGACGCUGCUAAGGCGGAGAACAUUCACUUGCUGUGGCUUCAUGUAGCGACCUUAUCGAUGAGCACAAGCGGUCAACCGGCACUCCAGCUAUGAGACAAUCAAAUACUGCCCUCUACUCGAUCACUGGACUCUGAGCAGUAGGUAGCUAUGUGGACCCGUUAGUUCUGAUGAUUUGGCUUUCGUUUCCUUCCGAGUACAUGACAGUUUAAGCACGAAGACGGAGUAAUGACAUUGUGAUAAGUAACGAGAC